CGGCGAUGGCGGAACGUGAGGAGGCGGGUGUUUGUGAAGGUGCUGGUGCUGCUGGCGGGGUUCUUUUCAGCCAACGCGCUCUCCACCAUCGUGGGGCAGACGGGCGACUGGGACGUGCUCGUCGCCGGCUCCCUCGUCGCCUCCCUUGAGCUCCUCGGCGCCUGCCUCUACCGCCUCCGCCUGCGCGCCGCUUCCGCUGCUGCCGUCGACGCCGCGAAACUCGCAGCCAAGAGC